AUGCUACCGUACCUUGCUGCCUUUCCCACAGUCACUGACCUCAUUACGCACCUCCGCACUAGUGACACUCGCUACCGCGCUGCGCUUCCUGCUGAGUUCUGCGCCAAGAACCCCCCCCCCCCCAUUUACAUCACCCUCUACUACAUAGUCACCGGACUCCCUGACUCUCUCCGCGCAGUCAGGGACCACUUCCUCUCAGUUUGCCCCACCACUCUCACCGUUGACCUCCUCGAGAAGGCCCUCCUAGCGGCAGAGAAGAGCAUAGUCGCUGUAGGAGCCUCUCGUGGUGACCCUCGCACCCCCGUAUUUGAGGGGUGUUCCCCCUCUCCCCUUUUGCCCUCUGUUGCCUCUACUGCUGCGGCCGACCUCGUUGGUCUCGAGUCGGUCGGCGCUGCGUCUGCCCCGAGCGGGAGACGCCGCACCGGCAAGGGCAAACGGGGCAAGGGCGCUGGAGGGGCUGGCAGAGGCGGUGGAGGUGGCGGUGGCGGCAGUGGAGGGGGUGGGGGUGGUGGUGGGAGUGGUGGCGGGGGUGGAGGUGUUGGUGGCGGCAGUGGAGGCGGAGGCGGCGGUGGCGGUGGGGGCGGAGGUGGCGGAGGUGGCGGCGGAGGAGGAGGCGGCGGCGGAGGAGGUGGAGCUGGUCGUGGUGGCGCUGCACAGAGGGUCGGCUUCGGUGGUGGUCAGCGCCAACAGCAGCAGCGCACUCGUGAUAUCCCCCCCCCUCAGCAGCUCCGUGAGUGGUACGCUGCACGCCAGCGGGGUGGGGGUACUGGUCCGUGCACCUACGUCCUACGCACCGGCGACCGCCCGGCUAUCUUUGACCUUGACUUUGUUGCUAUUCUUGCUGCCAUGUAUGCUGUGACUAUUAGUGAUGAGGGUGACUGUUACCGGUGUUUUCCACCCGACCCGGGCAUUGAGACUGCUGCUCUAGGUACUGGUGAGGCUGGUGCUCUAGGUGCUAGCGAGGCUGUUGCUCUAGGUGCCAGUGCGUCUGCUUCCUCAGGUGCUGGUGAGUCUACUCUCUCAGGUACCGCGUAG